UGAAAAGGCGGAGGGUCGCAAAGCAAACGCCGGAGAGGCCGCACAGAGUGCAAAACUCGCUGAUCUGAUGAGUUCAGGAAUAUCUCGAAUUAGCGUUUUGUGUUGUUCUGUUGUGCAGCGUUUAUCAAGUUGUGUAAUUUAGUAACAGUUAUUUUUUUUUAAAGUAUAACAGAAGCAUAACUAUUACGCAAAACACAGAAAAAACAUUCUUUGGCCUGUCAGACAAUUUAACAGUAAGGCGCACAGGUACCUUCGGGUCUCUGCAACGGGAUCAGCGCGUGCAUUUCUUCGGUUCCGGUGGAGGGAUGCGUAAGGGGUGAAGAGGUGGGGGGGCAAAUCCGUUCCGUUUCUCUUCUUGAAUCCGCCUCUCUCUCGCUCUCCCUCUCCCCGGUAUCCGCUCGGUGAGAGUAUCCACGCGCUAUAGAGACACUUCUUUCGUCCUCGGACCCUUUAAGGCAAACACCAGCGAGGACCAAUCACUGAGCCAUCAUCAUCAUCAUCACCACGGCGGCUCCGCAGAAGAGGAAGCUGUUUACAGGAGCUCGGGUGCUAAUUAGACUGAACAGAAUCUCCGGUACAGCUCGGACUGGACCUGCGUCCAUGGAGCGCGCGGAGCAGCACAGCGCGUCCGCCCUCGUCAUGAGCGCAUUUUCUACAGAGUUUUGAAAAAUCUUUCCGCUCUCCCAAAUCGACACUGUUUUCAACUCAACUUUUUUGGUUGGAGUAUUCUUUUCAACAGACUUCACGGUAACUGUGAGUGGCGGAAAUAUUUUCCCCGGUAUUUUAAAUCACCAUGUUUCAGCCGACACCGAAGAGAUGUUUUACCAUAGAAUCUUUAGUAGCGAAGGAUAAUAAUCCUCCUCCUGCUCUACCGGUAUCCAGAUCAGAGGAGCCCACGCGACCCGCGGCGGCGCUCAGUUACGCCGCCGGUGCGAGCCACGUGAGUCCGUUUCUCAAUGGCUUCACCACCGGCGCGAGGGGCGUCUAUUCCAGCGCGGACCUCGUAUUCGCCGAGGCCAUGUCGCACGCGCCCAGCUCGGCGGUGCCCGUGCACCCGGUCGUCCCCGCUCCUGCGCAUCAUCCGCCGCCGCCCCCGCCGCCGCCGCAUGCGCUCGCCGCUCACCACGCGCUUACCUCCUCGCACGGGCCGCACGCCCUGUUCGCCAGCCAGCAAAGGGACCCCGCAACAUUUUACCCGUGGUUAAUACAUAGAUACAGAUACUUGGGGCACAGAUUUCAAGGAAACGAUAUUUUUUCGUGCAACAUUGCAGGAAACGAAACGAGUCCGGAGAGUUUCCUUUUGCACAACGCGCUCGCCAGGAAGCCCAAACGGAUCCGCACGGCGUUUUCUCCGUCGCAGUUGCUCCGGCUCGAGCACGCGUUUGAAAAAAACCACUACGUGGUGGGAGCAGAGCGGAAGCAGCUAGCGCACAGCCUCAGCCUCACAGAAACUCAGGUGAAAGUUUGGUUUCAGAACAGAAGGACGAAAUUUAAACGUCAGAAACUGGAGGAGGAAGGCUCGGACUCGCAGCAGAAAAAGAAAGGCACGCAUCACGUGAACCGGUGGCGGCUCGCAACAAAACAGGCGAGUCCCGAGGAAAUAGACGUCACGUCGGACGAUUAAAAAGAAACGACCCAAAUAAACAAAUAAUGCUAAAAAAAAAAACUCGAAGAGCUUUUGAAGCCUGGAAAACACGACCUGGAGUGAAAAGUGUGACACGGAUAAAGGACGGCGUGAAACACCAGAAAGAGAGCAAAACCAAAUUUCUCUUUUUCGGAUCUCGGCAGCUCGAGGGUGAGAGAAUCCUGUCGCUGUCAUCACGAGGAAACUGUCAAUACUGUUUUCCACGUUGCCAAGGCAACAUGAUUGACAGGUAGUAGACGGCCACGCCCCCGCCCCACCUCGCAGUCAAAAUACAACUCCUAACGCGCAUAGGACAUUUGCACUUCUGAGAAUAUUUUUCCUUAAAAAGUACCAAAAUACCUGCUUUUGGCAAAACUUGAAUCGCAUGAUAAAGAGCAACGAUUUUUUUUCGGGGCGCGUAGCCGCAUUAAUUUAACCCUUUUUUUGCAAAGUAACUUUAUUCGGAUUCUCUUUUUCAAACUGGGAAAUGUCAUGUGUGUUUUAUGUUUUGUUUCUUUUCCUAAAAAAAGAACAGUGUGCAGUCUUUGAAUUUAUAAUUAUCGUGUCCAAGUGGUUGUGAAAAUGAUAUGAAGUAGCAAUGCUGCGGUAAAGUGUUUUGUUUUUUUAAUAAGUAAAAAGAAUAAUAGAACAACUACUCUUUUCAAAUUUGGUGACAUGGAUUAAAAUUUUUAGCUUUCUUAGCUAAGGAGAGGGUAUCUCCCUCAAUUUCCCCACAAUAUACCAAAAGGAAAAAAAAAAACUACCUGAUGACCGCCAAGCAGCAAAACUUCAAAAGCACUGAGCGUAUAUAUUCCAUGUACAGAGAUACUUAAAAUGUUUGUUUCAAAAAAACUUUCACCAGAAUGUAAAUAAUUUGUGUUAUUGUGUUAAGUUUGCUACAAUUUUAACACAAAAAAUAUACUUCCAAGAAGUAUAUAAUUGUCAAUAUUUUGUCAAUAAA